UCUUUUAUCCCCACUUGUGAGAAAAAAGCCUCAUCGUAGCAAUUAAAGCUAAGAAGAAAACCAUAAAAAUUAUGGCUUUGAAAGUAAUAUUGUUCGUGGCAGGAGUAGUCCUGGCCAUACAGGUAACUACAAUCUCUGCCAAACCAAACCUCAUUCCGUCGGACCAAUCGAAGCUGGAUGAUUGGAUUGAUCACAAUAUGAGAGCCUACGAGAAAGACAAGAGCAGUCUUAGUGAGACAAUUAAUAAUAAGCUCACCCUUGAUAAGGUACUGACGGCGGCGGAGCACGCCGUUAAGGUUAUCAAGGUGAGCCAAGACGGAAAGGGGGAUUUCAAGACGAUCACAGACGCCGUUAAAAGUAUUCCGUCGGGGAACACGGGGAGGGUCAUAGUGUGGAUUAGUGGUGGGGUGUACCGUGAGCAUAUAACGGUGGAUAGGUCGAAGCCGUUCGUGACGUUUUACGGAGAAGAGGAUAAUGUGCCCGUAAUCACGUUUGACGGCACGGCGGAAAAGUUUGGGACCUGGAACAGCGCCACCGUGGCGGUUGAGUCCGACUACUUUGUUGCUGCUAAUAUUGCAUUUGUGAAUUCGGCUCCAAUGCCAAAGGGAAAAUUGAACGGGGAGCAGGCAGUGGCAUUGAGGAUAUCAGGAGACAAGGCAGCUUUCCACAACUGCAAAUUUAAAGGCUUCCAAGACACCUUGUGCGACGACAAGGGCAGGCAUUUCUUCAGGGAUUGCUACGUUGAAGGCACCGUAGACUUCAUCUUCGGCAAUGGACAAUCACUUUACUUGAACACAACCAUAAGAUCGGUUGCCAAGCAGACAGGGGUCAUCACAGCCCAAGCGAGGACAAAGGUAUCAGAAGACAGUGGGUUCACCUUCGUUCAUUGCAAAAUCAUAGCCGACGGCGACACUUACUUGGGCCGAGCUUGGAAGGAUAUGCCUAGAGUGAUCUUUGCAUACACCUACAUGGGCAACCAUAUCGAUGUUAAUGGCUGGUCUGAUGGCAUGUGGCCAAUCCAAACUCAGGGGGGCAAAAAGGAUGUGUAUUACGGGGAGUACAAGUGCAUGGGACCUGGAGCUAGCACCUCUGGCCGCGUCAAGUAUGCAAAGAUACUGACUGAUGAACAAAUUAAACCUUUCAUGAGUAUGACUUUCAUCCAAGGCAACAAGUGGCUUAUCCAGCCACCCAACCUUAAACACUGAAACCCUGUUAUUAUAAUCAUAUAUAUAUAAUUGUAUUUAUUGAGAGGAGCACUUAAGCCAUAAUUGUGUAUAUAUCAAUGUGCAAUUAACUUGAUGAUAUCAAGCAUUUAACUAUUUACAAAAGAGCAUAAAUACUAAAAUAGUCGAUAUAUUUAUGUGA